AUGGCGCGACGCAGCUCGCUGGGAGUUCCUGUAUCCACUUUGAUCUUCCCACGAUCCGCAGCUGAUCGAAGUGAGGCCAUUAAAUUGACCAAGGCCAUGGAGGAGAAGUAUGGCUUCCACUAUGUUACCAACUCGUUUACGAAGGAUCCGCUCGUGGAGCUCGACUUCCAAGCCUUUUACACCGAAACCAACCUGGCUCCUGCGCUCUACGCCAGUCUAGUGUGUUGGCUCAUCUGGAUCACGCUUAGUACACCUGAUUGGGUGGGCUUCUACGACGACGAUCCAGAUGUCCGAGAAGCCUCAGGACUGCGACUGUGGGUCUCCGCCUUCAUCUACCUCCCUGUGCCCACACUAGUAGCAUGUUGUCGCUCGAGAUACUUUGUCGGUCACGAACAAACUCUACUGUGUCUCAUCGCACACUGCUUCGCUGCCGGUAUUCUAGGCCAGGGGCUCAUCAACGCGGACGACUAUACCCGAGUUUUUCUCAAAGACUUGAAGUCGCUCUUCUCGCUAGCUUUCCAUGACGAACCUCAUGGGACGGACGACAGGAGACACUCCGAGGGGCUCGACACCUCCUCGAACAACGACACGAUUCUAUUGGACGGCUCUACCGAGUGGUGGAUCUAUCAGAACCUCGAGUCAUCAGGAAGAGAUCUCGUGUUGGCAUAUAUUAAUCGAGUGGCGAUCCCUAUGGCGCAUCUGAACAUGAACUUGCUGCGACCAUUGGUGGUGCUGCUUGUAUCGCCUCUGUUCAAGCUGGACGCGUUCCACUAUCUGCUUCUGGCUUUCGGUAUUAACCUGGAGUUCUGCAUUGUCGUCUCGCUUCAAUACCCUCCCUCAAGUUCGACUGUCUUUGUGGUCAACAAGUUCCUGCUGAUCUUUAUACUGGUUUGUGUAUCGGCAGUACUCGUUGUUCGUGUACGCCAGAUAGAUCGCUUCUUGCGUCUCAACUUCCUACACGCUAAGAUCGUCGAAGAGCGAGCACGUGCUUCACAUUUGCAGAAAGAAAUCAUCCUCAAUGAGAACAAAAGUCUUAAGAAAAUGCUCGAAGAACGAGUAGGUGGCCAUGGAGAUGGCAGUCCACCGCUAGACUUUGACUCGCCGAUGGCCAAAGUUCUGCUCGACCUCAAGGCCUUGCAACGCGCCACUGAAUUGUCACCGGAACUUCGUGAAAAUCUGGACGGAAUCGUCACUUUACUGAUGCGAAAAGGUCAAAAUCUCUUCGCCCCAGACAUCCACGAGCAGCUUAAGAUGAAACGUGACGGAGACUUGGACGGCGACAUUAAGUCGUGGGCUACUACCGUUCUUGCCAACAAAUCCUACACGCGCAAUCGUCGAGCCUCCGCCGUGUUCCAGAACAGCGUCGAGAAUCCCACUAAUACCAGUAUUAAGGAGUCAGAGAGGAGUAUGACUGCGAGUUCUAGCAACACGAGCGUCUCUAUAAGUCCCACCAAUAACAGUAGCACCAAUCGAGCUGGUGAAACACGACUGCACCCUGAAGUUACAGCUCCGACUGAUGAAGUAUUGAACGCUGUUGGAGAACUCAUGGAACGUGACGGAUGGAGUGUCGACACCUUCGAAGUGGCAAGGUUGACCAACAACAAACCGAUCUCGUUCAUCACGUACAUCGCAUUCGAGCAACAUAACCUCUUCGAUCUCUGCUCCGUCAAUAAGAGUACCCUAGCUAACUUUCUUUACUUCUUGGACAUCGGAUACCACCGCAACCCUUACCAUAAUAAUUGCCACGCUGCAGAUGUCGUGAGUUCGGUGGAAUAUCUCAUCUCGGUCAUGGACAAUGGCUACUUGCAGGAUUUACUAACAUACCAGGAGGUAUUUGCAGCGAUCAUUGCUGCCGCUAUCCACGAUUUCAGACACCCCGGCAAGAACAACAACUUUAUGAUCAAGAGUGGCAGUGACUUGGCCAUCGAGUUCAGCGACUCGUCCGUUCUGGAACGGAUGCACUUAGCCGAAGCCUUUUUCUUAGCGAAAGACCCACUUUUCAACAUCUUUGUGGGGCUGUCGCCUGGCCAGUUCAGUGAAGUACGCAAGGCCAUCGUUGAGAUGGUGUUAUCGACCGAUCUUACUGUUCAUUUGCAGCUUGUGGGGAGCUUGAAGACAGCGCUGAUAUCUCAGGAAGAUGCAGAGGUGGAACACUCGCCCAUGCUGCUUAUGAAGAUCGUUAUCAAGUGUGCGGACCUCGGUCACUCAUCCAAGGCAUUGAAGCUCCACGCCCGCUGGUCGGAUCUCAUUAUCGAAGAGUUUUUCUUGCAGGGGGACGACGAAUACACUCUGGGGAUGGACAUCUCGCCGUUCAUGAACCGUAACAGCGAGAAUAGCGCUCGUAACCAGGUCGGAUUCUUUGAGUUUAUCGUGUUACCGUUUUUUGAAGUCGUGGCCGAAGCGGUAUUCCGACCCGAAAGGCGGAUAAUAUGCAGAUUAAUUCUAUCAAAGAUAUUCUAG